AUGGCAGGUAGAAAUGGCUUCUUCAUCCUGCAGGUGCUGGCCGCGGUGGUGUGCUUGGCGGCGCCGGCGGUUGGGGCGGACUGGCUCCAGGCCACCGCCACCUUCUACGGCGGCAGCGAGGGGUCCGGCACGAUGGUCGGCGCGUGUGGGUACGGGAACCUGCACGAUCAGGGAUACGGCACCAACAACGCGGCGCUGAGCACGGUGCUGUUCAACGACGGCGCGUCGUGCGGGCAGUGCUACACCAUCAUCUGCGACCAGCGCAAGUCCGGCAUGUGCAGGCCCGGCAAGACCGUCACCGUCACCGCUACCAACUUCUGCCCGCCCAACUACAACCUCUCCAGCAACAAUGGCGGGUUGUGCAACCCUCCCCGAGCGCACUUCGACUUGUCCCAGCCAGCGUGGCUCAACAUCAGCACCUACCAGGCCGGCAUCGUCCCCAUCGUCUACCAGCGGGUCAAUUGCCGGAGGAGCGGCGGGUUGCGGUUCACCAUCACCGGCUUCAAGGACUUCCAGGUGGUGCUGGUGACUAACAUGGCCGGCAGCGGGUCGAUCAAAAGCAUGUCGGCCAAGGGUACCAACACCGGGUGGAUCCAGAUGUCCAGGAACCGGGGCGCCAUCUGGCAUGGCAUGUCAGGCCUGGAAAAGCAGGCGCUCUCCUUCAGUAUCACCUCCACCGGCGGACAGAACAUCGUCUUCCAGAACGUCAUCCCGGCCGACUGGCAGUACGGCCAGACUUUCUCCACAAGGCAGCAGUUCGACUACUAA